AUUAUAUAGAUAGAAGAUAGAUAUAGAAGAGAAGAUAAACAGAAAGCACGCAGGUCAUUCCUUGGGGAUUUUCUGGCAUCUGGGAAGGACACUCUCCUGCAGGUCAUGAGCAAAAUUAUUCAGUGAAUGUGCAAAAGUAGCUGAGAGAAGAGCACAAAUGGAAAUUUCGAAUAUUUUAGUGGAAAUUUUUGGUGAAUAUCCGUCACUUACUCACAAAUUGGGGCCACAAGUGAAGUCUUUGACCUUUCCUGAGCAUGUGAGUGAGGUGACGCAGUGGCUCAAGGCAAAAAUAAUUAGCAACAUUAAUGAUGCAAAUGGGGAAAAAGUUGCUGAACAGGAUGGACGAUUGGGGCCACCAAGGACUGUCUUUGAUAAAGAACCAGGCAACACUGCCUUGGUCUCCAUAUCCCCUGAUCGUCUUACAGUGCAAUCCCAGAGCCCCUUUUCAACUGUUCGGGCAACUUGCUGCGUUUUCAAGGGGAAGUGGAUGUAUGAGGUGCAGUUGCGCUCAAAGGGAGUCAUGCAAAUUGGAUGGUGCUCUGCGAAAUGCAAAUUCACAACAGAUACGGGUGUGGGAGAUACAAAGUACAGCUAUGGAUUGGAUGGGAGCAAACAACGAAUUUGGCAUGUCUACACAAAGAAGUAUGGACCCUAUUGGCGCAGUGGAGAUGUUUUCAGUGUCUGCCUGGAUAUGGAUGAGGGGAAGAUUGAGUACCAUCGCAAUGGAGUGAGUCUCGGUGAGGCUUUCUCGGACAUUGAACGUGGUCCCGGAUUGGCACUAUUCCCAGCAGUAUCUCUCUCAUACAAUGACAGCUUAACCGCCAACUUUGGUGGAUCACCCUUUAGGCAUCCCAUUGCGGGCUACAAACCUCUCCAGCUGCCACCAAAACAACUUCUACAGCAAGCUGAUUAUCUCCUACAGUACCUUGCCAACUUAUCGAGGCUGAUUUCACGCACUAAAGUCCCCUUGGCUGGGGAGAAAAGCACCUCAGACUCUGUUUUCAUGGUUGUAGCUGCUCUGCUAGUGGAAGAAUUAGCACCUCUCCUUACAAAUUCAUACGUUGUGGAAGAUAAACUUUUUUCCUACGUACGGAGUAUGUGUGUAAUACGCAGUGAUCCAAGUCAGAAUGUGGUUAUUCAUCCUGGACACCCACAUUCCACGUUGGGAACAUUUUUGACACUCCUCUGGACCUACAUGGAACCCGAGGAGACCCGGGCAGUGCUUAUGAAGUUAAUUAAUCUCAUUGGAAGUACGUACAAGGAGACACCGAUUGAUCUUGAAUAUGAAAAGCAACGAAUGGUAAUCGUUGUCCUUACAUGCAUUUGCAAUCAUCCUGAAACACGAAAGUAUCUACUGCUGGAGAGAUUCUUUGAGAAAAAUUGCUUACCUCUCUUUCUCUACAUCAAACCACCCGAUGAAGCUGCCCUUGAGCGUCUUCUUCCGGACGAUCAUAUUUGGACAGAGGGUAUAGGUGGUCGCAAAGAUCUCUAUAUUGCUGCUUGUGAGAAGCUCAAUUCCUGCACAGUCACACUCUACACACUCCAGAAGAAUCUCAUAUCCGUUCUCCUCACUCAUCGCGAUGGAACACACGACAGCCCUUCAAGUAGGAGGAUAUUCCUCACGAAGUUCCGGAACUACGUCAUGGAGAACAGUUUGGAACAUCGUAGUCUAUCGAUGCAGAAUAACUAUGCAACUCCCACACAGCCAGCAGUGGCUCUCUCAUUUCUCUGUAUCCUCCUUGAUGUCACACGACAGCUUCUCGCCACCGAGAUGCCCGCAAAACGCAUUCAAGUAGAUCCUGUAAAUUUCUACAACGAUGCAUUCACUUACUUUCACUUUGAUCGCCUUGGUGGGGUCCUUUCGCAUUUGAAGAAGGUCUUUCGCACAGAAAUGAUCACUGUCCUAGGAGAAAAUCAUCCGGCAAUCAUACCCCUAGCACCGGAUGCAGCUAACAGGCAGGACUCUGCGGAUUUCUAUUCAGCUAUGUUGAUGAUUACUGGACAUCAACCGAAUCAAAAUUUCCCAUCAAGUAUUCCCAGAAAUAUUUUUCCUGUACGUCAGGUGGGAAGUCCCGUGAGGAGGGGUAUCGAUAGGAAUACAAAUCAAUCUCUAGAUGAACUCCUAGACUGCUCUAUCUUCUACUACUACGCUGUAGCUCAUAAAUACAUCGUAAUGAUUGCUGACCUGCGUGACAAUAUAGCUAUGCUGUCGGGAAUACUGACAGAGACAAAGGAUUGCUCAGAUGAGGUGCUCAAGACAUUGGAAGAACUCAAGGCCGCCAAUGGGGGUCUAUCAAAUGCCCACGAUGACAUUCUUGUGGAGAUUCAGGAGCGCUUUGGGCAGCGUAAGAGUAUUUUUGCAAAGAGAUCAAUGGAAUUGGCACGAAAGCAAGCGUGGUAUCGAUCUGUGGCACUCGGUGCUCAUCGACGGGAUCUCCUGUGUUGGCUGCUGAAGCUAAUCUUCAAUACUCUGCAAUCGGGAUCCAGUCAGGGUGUCCUCUUUUCCUUUGUCCCCGAAACAUACAUCAAUGUAUUGCCCAUUUUGCUCGACACUGUACUUGAUUUUAGUUUUCACGACAUGAAUCUUCAGCAUGAUUUUACGGAUUCAAUGGACAUAGUGAUCAGUGCAGCAGAAUUCCUAGCUGCCCAUUCAACUGACCCUCGUGUUGUUCUUGCCUCCUGCAAGGAUGCCCUGCUUCAGGCCUUGGGAACAGUCACGUGCCAUGAAGUGGGAAUACGAUCACUGGAGAAGACAACUGCUAGCAGUCAACUGGCCAUGGUGCAUUCCCUCUUACGGCCAUAUGAGAAUCGUGCCUGGGGACAGAGCAAUUGGCUUCUUUUGCGUUUCUGGCUUGGUGAAGGAUUCGCAUACAGAGAAUCUCGACCUACGAGUAUUUGGCAGCAGGGUGAACUCACAUCCUCAGCAUUGGGAUUGUUCAGGAGUCGCGGGAAAAAUGGUUCCCACACUGGGCUUCUUCAUCACAUUGCUCCAGCUUGUCCCUCACGCCAUUUUCAGCACUUAAUCAGCCGUAUUUUACUAGCUGAUGAACCCUACUGCACAAUCUUUCUCAACUCACUCCUUUCGCAGCUCAAUUGGGCCUUUUCGGAAUUCAUCCUCUUGCUGCAGGAAAUUCAAACGGCCAGUAGACGUACCGAUCAGCAUCAGGGAAUUGAUUCGAGACAACUCAAGAUAUGCUCAAUGUGUUUCGAGCUCACUGUGUCACUAAUGCGUGCCCUCGAGAUGAUUAUAACAAUUGCUCCGGGAAUUUUUCAAGAUCCCUCCCGUCCCAAUAGUGACCUCCUUCUUGGACGUGUUUGCCAGCUAGCCAGUCAAGUAUUAUCACGCGUAACAACCCCACCGGGAUGCUUUCAGUAUGUACUCGAUCUGUGUCUACCAGAUUUGAGUAGUGUGACGCAUUUUGCCAUUAUUUCGGCUGUUUUGGGCAUCCUCCUGGCUCUCAUGAAGGAUGAAGUUGAAGAGGAGGAUUUUAUUGUGAGCAAAAUCCCAAGAGUUUCCCGUUGCCUGCUAAUUGAGCCGAGUUUUCAAACAAUCACAUUGGAAUUUGCUCUUGGGGAGGCAAAAGCAACGCCAAUUGCUCCAGUAGUAAGCCCCCCGGAUUCAGGAGUGGAUAAUUCUACUCAAAAUAUUGAACAAUUCCCCCAGGAUCCUCCUAUUUUGACCUUCAAUUUGGCCGAUUAUCCCACCCACAUUACAUCCGAAGAGUUGCUAAAAGUAAGACAGAUGAUCAGAGUUCUUCAAAAGCGACAGACAAUGAUGUCUGAAGUGACAAUCCUCUCGGAAGAUUCUCUCUGCUCAAUUUGUUACGCCAAAGCUAUUUCGUGUGAAUUUCUCCCGUGCCAGCAUCAAUCGUGCGGAAACUGCAUCGUUCAGCACUUACUGAGCAACAAAGUAUGCUUCUACUGCAAAACUCCCAUUGUUCUGGUUAAAUCCUUCGAUGGAACUAUCCUCUACGAAAAUUCCCACAUUUCUCUGUCUUCUGAAGACAGUACCGAGUAUUUUACAUCAUGAAUCUCUUCACCGCAAUGAAAUCUGAGUGUUCACCUACUCACUGCCACAAAUAGUAAUCUUUUUAUCUGUUUGCCUCAAAAAUCUAGUCAAUUCUCCUUUUAGUGGAAAAAAUCUAUGCAAAUUUUACCUGUGUGCGCGCGUGUUUUAGUCAAUGAUGUGUAGAAGAAAAUAUAUUCCAAGUUUAAAACAUUCCAGCUACCUCUCUAAAAAAAAUUAAGACUUAGGGAAUUCAUUUGAAAAGAAUUAAUCAGCACAAAGUAUUUUGAAAUCUUAUCAAAUGAACUCCCUAAUCUAGCUUGAAUAGCACAUUAAAUAAAAGCUGUCUUGUGCCUCUGUACUAAAUGUUUAUGUUAUCUCAGUUUAGCGAAUCUAAUGUUUUUAAUUUUAGCAGUUACAUUUAAAGGUAUUGUACAAAUAAUAAAACAAAUAAAUCUUCAGAUCCUAGCCAAGGAUGUAUAUAGGGAAAGUAUAAGAUGGGACCACAAAAAAAACCAAAAUGUAAGAGCCAAAAAUAAUAAGUCAAACAUGGUAUUAAUUUUGAAUAAUUUGGGAUAAAAAAAGAAGGCACUUGAGCCGUCUGCAAUCAAACAAUAUUCUAAUCUAAUCAAUCGCAGAGUUUCCUUAUCAAAUAUUUUCAAUUCUUUGGCACGAGACAGGAUGUUUGUAGAAAAAAAAGAAAUAAAAUAAAAUCUAUUGCACAAAUCAGAA